CCUGUCUCCUCCAAUCCCCGCUGCCCAAUCGCCUCCCUCUCUCCCUCCUGCGCCAGCCUCUCUCUCUCCCUCCCGCGCCUGCCUCCCUCUCUCUCCUUGCCGCCGCCGCCACCGUCGCCACUCGCCCGGGCACCUACCACGACGUCACGCCGCCCCUCUCCUCUUCCUCCCGCCUCCUCUCUCUCUCUCUCUCUCUCCUCUCCAAACCCUAACCCUAGCCACCAGCCUCACGGCUCCUGCUCUCACCACCGUUCGUCCCCCUUCCCGUCGUUCGCCUCUCUCUGCCGCUCGCCAUCGAGGAUCUGCUGCUCGCACUGCCUCUUCCCAGUCACCUCGCGCGACGGGAGGAGAGGAAGGUGGAGCUGCUCUUCCCCGAGGAGGGCGCUGUUGCGCGCUCAAUGGGAAGAUGCCAGGCGAGGUGACGGGAGGAGGUCAACCGGAGCGCGCCCUUGCCACGGCUGGCGCGUCAACGGGAGGAGGACAGGUGGUGCGCGUCGUUGCAACCGGCUACCACAAGUGCGGAGCCAUCAGUAGCGGCGGCGGUCGGGCUCACCAGGCUCUCCCACCGCGCCUGCUAGACCUCCAGGAACUUGAGCACUUAAGACUACUAGACGAAACAAAACCUGCUGAUAUUGGUCGACCACCGUGGGAUGCUGUUCUUAAAAGUUUUCUUCAUGGUAUUAAGUAUGAGAGUGCUCUUUCUGCGUUGGAUCCAAAAGAGGAGGGGUCCCAACACAAAGAUUCUGCCGUUGAAGCAUCUAAAAAUCUUGAGAGGUGCUUUAAAUCAUUGACCGAUGUUAUUGGGACUAUCACAUUCUCACAAAAUGACUGCUGCGAAAAUAUUGGUAGUGAUAAUUCUGCUCAAAGAACAUCUCAGUCAUUUGACCAACAUGAAAAGCAUGUAGAUUCUGAAGCACUUGGGCUUUUAAGCUGGAUGGCCUCCUCACAGGCUGGAGAGGAGCCAACAACUGAUGAUGAAUUAGUCAGUGAAGUCAUUCCGAGCCCUUUGUUCUCCAAGAAGUACAUUGAAUUUGCUUUAGAGUCUGCUCACUUGGAUUUUGAUGAUAUCUUUCCAAGUUUAUUGUUGGACAUUUGCCUAUUUAACUUCCUGGAUGGUCUAAUUAUGAUUUUGUUUAUUUGCAUUAUCACAUUCAAGUUGUGGGAUCUGAAACAUUAUGCAAUCAAGUUGCAGAGACUGAGAUAGUUUGGUGAGCUUUCAUCUGACACUUCAGAACCUAUAUUAAAAUACAUAUAUCAUAUCGGUGUUCAACUUGUCAGCUUCAAUAAUUCUAUUUCUUUUAGCUCCAUUUUGUUCCUAAAGGUCACGAACUAUCCCUUUCUUGCCAUCAAUGCCCACUGCUACCUUAUUCACAUUUGAGUAUAGUUCAUCUUUUCCAUUGAUUUGUUAGUAAACUCUAUUUUCUGCACGCAAACCACACGUAAUUUGAUAUUUCUCCAGGAAAGAUAUCAUGAAGUAUGUUUCUCAUUUUGUAUAUUAACCGAGGAUCUUGUUGCUACAUGGCCAAGAAAAUCCCUUAUGUUCAAAAUAUUAGUUAUGGGGGUUUGCGGCCGGAUGCAGAGUUGAUCUGCUAUGAUAGGUUUUCUAUGUAUAUUGAGAAAGGCACUGCUUCUUUAACAUGAAUUUGCCUAUUUCUGUUAAUAUGAAAAAAUGUUUGUGCCAGCAGCUUCCAUGUGAACUUUCUAUUUAUUUCUAUAUAAUUAUGAAGGAAACACUGACUUGAUUAUGCAUAUGCAUUGCUGUAUUUGCUUGCAGUGUUAGUGGUGUGUAGAAAUAAUUCAUGCCAUGUGGUAGCUCCUGGCUGCCGUAGGCAUAGAUGAUCUAUGCCGACGGCUUUGCCGUAGGCAUAGUCCUCGGCCAGGAGCAACCAUGAGCUGCCACGUGGCAAAUCUAUGCCGACGGCAAAGCCGUAGGCAUAGUUUUGCCAUGUGGCAGCUCCUGGUUGGUUUUACUUAGCGACGGCGCCGUCAGCUGCCGUCUUGUUCUUUUUUUGCCGACGGUGAAACUAUGCCGACGGCUGUACGGAAGCCGUCGGCAUAGACAGCUAUGCCGACGGCUUUAGUAUGCCGAUGGCCUGACAGAAUACGCUGACGUAUUCUAUGCCGACGGGGGUAUGCCGACGGCAGCCGUAGGCAUAGGCCUAUGCCGACGGCAUUGUGGCAUAUGCCGACGGCCUUGGGCCGUAGGCAUAGCCCCUGAUUUCGGUAGUGUAGCUAUUCUCCUAAAAAUAUGUUAAUGUCCAAUUUCGGUUAUGUUUAUCAGAAAUGAUCUUUUGUUGUUUUUUCUGCGCAGGUUGAGUUGAUCGAGGCAUGAUGGUGAUACACAGAUUUUUAUCCUAUGCUUAUGCCAUGGACCAAAAGAUGGUGUGUUCAUGUUGGAUACACAUUGGGCCUUCAGUUUUGAUCUUAUGUUCCGAAAACACUCAAGUUAUGUCACUUGAUACAUGAAUUUUAGCAUACCUUGCUUCACUUUCCAAUUUAUUCGUGGAUAAGAGUUUAGUAGUAUUUAGAUGCAUCGGCCGGAUGUUUAUAUUCACGUGUGUAAUCUGACAAGGAGAUCAAAAGGUUCGGUUCAGUUUUAGAGUUUAGGAUCUUCCUUUUUGUUCAAUUUGAAAAGCACUGACAAGAAAGUGGUGUGGGAGGUGCAUCUACAUGAUUUGCUAAUACGUAGUGCCUAUGAUGAAUUGAUUCAUUCCACUAUGUUGCCUGCCACUAAAUAGUGAUACAGUAAUAUGUCUAAUGGAUUGCUUUGCUUUUUGGUACAUUAUAGACUGAAAUACUCCAUCGAGACAUCACCAGGUAGGAGGACCAGGAGCGUGGGCCAUAGAGAUAACGAGGAGGUUGAGAUGUCUCCGCCGUCAUCCUUGCUCGGCUUCGCUCCGCCAGGUAUGGUCGGCCUCACUUCCUGUUCAAGCAUGAAGUUGGGGGAGAGGGAGACGGACAAAGAGGGAGAGGAGUUGUUGCUAUGUGUGGGCAACAGGCUGCGUCUGGACAAUCUCCUCACCCUCCCACUCUUCCUCUGUCUCUUGCCUCUCUUUCUCUUCCUCUCCCUUGCUGAAUUUCUAUCUGAUUGAACAUGGAUAGCUAACUUGAGAUGCGCGAGCAGUUGAUAGAGACUGUGCCUGGUAUGGGAUAGUGCCAGUAUUAAUUUCCCGCUGAUUGAUACACCUUCGAUAUAGAAGAUGUACAAGUCAUCUAUACAUACAGUUAUACAGAAGAUGGACCAACCAUCUUUUCAUUCAGUUAUACCUUUAGACAAUAAUUUCCAGAGUAGGAUUUUUUUAGCACUGUAGGGUUUGCUUAUCAAAUUGCAAUUGUUUAUGGUGCUUUUUUUGUAGGGAUAACCACAAGUUUAUCUGCAUAAUAGGGUCUUCAAUUUACAGUAUGUGUUGCUUUUUAGAUCAGAUUUCGGUUUGUUAGACUUUGGGAGUAGAGAUUUAGUUCUAUUUUAUUGGAGAAGUGCUCGAUUUGUUUGGGCUAAUAUUACUGGCUUCCUCGCAUGUUUAUUGGGUGCUCAGGUUUUACCGCCGAACUGGGUGGCCUUGAUGAAGGAUGCUGGCUUAGUUUAGAGAGAAUCUUUCUAGGUAAAUAUACAUUGAAGAAAGGUUUCAAUUUCCUAAUAACAGUAUAAGUUCAAAUUGUUGUUGUAUGUGACCUUAGAUAGAAGGAAGUGCAGUUGUGGUUAUUCCUUUCCCUUUUUGUAUCGGAGCUUUGUGCUAAAAAAGUUGCUUUGGUCCCGAGACAAUUACCUUGCAACAUUAAUCUUGGCUGAAAGUGUGCACCUUUACUAGAUCAAUCAUGUGUCCUUCCCUUA